GGAGGAGAAAGGGAGGCGCGCCUCUGUACUCCUCCUAGGGCAAGUUGUUUGGCGCAUGCGCCGGAGUUUGAAGAGUUCGCGACCGGCGGCUGGCUGGCAUUCUGCCUGGGCGAGAUGGACGGCGACUUCUUGCUGGCCCUCCGGCUGCAGGCGGAGUGGGAGGCAGAGGACGGGGAAGCUCAGGGGGCCAAGGCGGUGGCCGCCGCCGCCUCCCCUGCCGCCUCGCCCGGUUCCCCGGCGCGGCCGCUCUCCGUCGUGGACAGCGCCUGGGAGCUGCUGGACCCGAGCCCCGACGUGCGAGGCCUCUUCCUGCAGUUCAACGAGACCCUCUUCUGGGGCCGCCUGGCAGCCGUGGAAGUGAAGUGGAGCCCGCGCAUGACGCUGUGUGCAGGAGUUUGCUGCUAUGAAGGCCGUGGUGGAAUGUGCUCCAUCCGGCUCAGUGAACCACUUUUGAAGUUGCGGCCAAGAAAGGAUCUUGUAGAGACCCUGUUACAUGAAAUGAUUCAUGCCUUGUUAUUUGUCACUAAUAAUGACAAAGAUCAUGAAUCCCAUGGCCCGGAAUUCUGCAAACACAUGCAUCGGAUAAACCGCCUAACUGGAGCCAAUAUUACAAUCUAUCAUGAGUUUCAUGAUGAAGUGGAUUCCUAUCGCCAGCACUGGUGGCGAUGCAAUGGUCCAUGUCAAAAUAAAAAGCCGUAUUUUGGCUAUGUGAAGCGUGCAAUGAAUAGAGCGCCAUCUGCAAAUGACUUCUGGUGGGCUGAGCACCAACAGACAUGUGGAGGUACAUAUACCAAGGUCAAGGAGCCGGAGAACUACACCAAGAAAGGCAAAGAGAAGGUCCCACAAUCAAAAUUCCUAGCUGAUGGCAAAGGAAACGCUAAUGGAGGCAAUAUGCAGAACCUUAUUCCUUUUAGUGGAAAAGGAUAUAUCCUUGGAGGAAAAAGCACUCUGUCACCAUCAGAGAGGACCACAAGUCCAAGCAAUGAUAAGAACAGAUUGCUGCUCAGUUUGCAGCAUCAUUCACCUUCUGGUUUGAUAAGAUCGAAUCCUCAAAAUGCAAGCAUAUCCUCACCAUUUCCUUCUGAAGGCGAUAAGAAUAGCUUUGCUUCCUAUGUUACACUGCCUAAAAUAUCAGUUGCUAACAAAAAAGCGUACACUAAUGUUAAUGGCUCACCCAUUAAACAUGUUUCUUUUAAUGGAGGAAGAUCAAAGUCAAGCCCUAUAAAUGUUACAUGGGACUUACCUUCGAAGACGACACCAGUAAAAAGCAUUUCUGGACCAUCUACUUCAACUCCAAAACCCCAUAGUUCAUCUCAUAGAAAUAGCAGCACACCCAGUGGUGGACCAACAAAACGGGCAAAAAUGGAAGACACUGCUGCCUUUGAAAAAUACUUUAUACAAAAAACAGAUCCAGAAUUGACCAGCCCUUCUUUGAAGAGAAAGCAUGAACCAAUAGCUUCAGAAAGGCCAGCUACUUCUGCCAGUGAUGAGAACAGAAAAGUUUCCUGCCCUGUCUGCAGUUCUGAAGUUUUGGAAGCUAAAAUUAAUGAACAUCUAGAUUCCUGUCUCCAAGAUACCUUAACAUGAUUCUGACAUUAAGACGGUGCUUUGCUCAGGGGUUAUCAAUCUUGACUGUUUCAUGUGUAUUUAUUGUCUUCCAUAUUUUGGUGGGAGUGGGGAGGGACUUGUGACAUCCUCUUCUAUGUGAAGGAAGUUUUCUUCAGCUUGGAAUAGUGCUAGUAAUGCCACCAACUGUCAGCACACAUUUAUAGCCAUGAGAGAAACAAAUUCUGUUCUAAAGCAGGCAUAGGCAAACUCAGCCCUCCAGAUGUUUUGGGACUACAGCUCCCAUCAUCCCUGACUACUGGUCCUGUUAGCUAGGGAUGAUGGGAGUUGUAGUCCCAAAAACAUCUGGAGAGCCAAGUUUGCCUAUGCCUGUUCUAAAGAAAGAAACAUGCAUGGUUUUUAACUGACUUAUUUUUAAAAGCCUAUUCACUUGUUCAGAAUACCUGUUUGUUUUAUCUCAAAAACUGCUUUCAAGCCUGUUUUGCAGACUACUGUUUUCGAGCUGUUUAAUAUCAACGGAAUACAAAAUGCAUGUGAAUUCAUAUACUUUCACCUUUGCUUACAUUUGAAUCAGACUUAAUUUCCUGGAAGCGACACAUUUUAUUAUAAUAAAUAGAGAUGGUUAAAGCUGCACUCA